AGUGUCUCUCAGCUUAGUCUCCAGAGCAUCGUCUUUCAGGAGCUCUCAUAUUUAGGCUGAAGUUGCCAUACCAGUAUUUGGAACUCAGGAAUAAAGAUGACCCAAAACGCAUAAACUUUAAAGUGGCACCCCUCCUUCUCCAUAAAUUGCACAAAUUUCAGUUGUGAAAAAGGACUGAACCCCUGUUGUGGUUAAACUGGAACCCCACCUUCCGCAUUUGCCCUCUCUCAUUUUUUCACAAUGUGGUCAAGACGACUUUUAGCUUCUGCCCUGGUGUUCCUUAGCCUCAGUUCUCUGAUGCUAUAUGUGCUGGUAUUCAAGUGGUUAGGAACCAACCAGGACCAUCUUCGCCCCCAAAACAUAACCAUCUUGCUGUGGCACUGGCCUUUCGGAAUCUCCCACAGCCUGAAGGGGGAUGUUUGCUGGAGCGAGUUUGGCAUUCCUGGAUGCUUCCUUGAGAACAAUCGAUCUAUGUUCUCUCAGGCUGAUGUUGUAGUUUUCCAUUACCAUGAGCUUUGGACCAAACGCUCCAAGUUGCCGUUGCAUCUGUCACGUCCACUGAGACAAAGGUGGGUUUGGCUGUCACUAGAGUCUCCGAUGAAUAACCACAAUCUGACAGCCUAUAAUGGCUUGUUCAACUGGACCAUGAGCUAUCGGCGUGAUGCGGACAUCUUUGUGCCGUAUGGAAAGCUGGUUCCGAAGACCAACAACAGCACCUACCUCAUACCACGAAAAAGGAACUGUCUAGUGGCCUGGGCGGUCAGUAACUACAAGGAGCACCACAGAAGGUCUAAGGUAUUCCAGCAACUGAAGCAAUACAUUCCAGCUGAGCUGAUUGAGGUAUACGGUCACUGGAAUGGCAGGCCACUUUCUAACAAAGCUCUACUCCCUGCUAUAUCUCAAUGCCUUUUCUACCUUGCCUUUGAAAACUCUUUGUACAGGGACUAUAUCACGGAAAAGCUAUGGCGCAACUCACUACAAGCAGGGAGCAUCCCAGUGGUGCUUGGACCCCCUAGAGAUAACUACGAAUGCCUGGUGCCCCGAAAUGCAUUCAUCCAUGUCAAUGACUUCAGGAGUGUCAAGGAACUGGCUGCUUUUCUAAAGCGUCUGGCCUCUGAUAGACAGAGUUAUAAGUCUUACUUCAGAUGGCAUGACAGUCAUGAAGUGAAGACCAUCACAGACUGGAAAGAGAGACUGUGCACUAUCUGCUCUCACUACAACAGACUACCCACACACAAAGUCUACCAGGACCUAUACAACUGGGUCAACAUGUGAGUCAUUUGGGACAUAUGCAAUCAGACAACAAUUCCUCAAUUGAUAUCCCCAUAAACAUGCUCUUUCACAGCAACAAGCUUUACUAAUUUUUAAACUGUUUAAUGCCAUGUUUCCUAUCACAAUAUGAAAGAUGCACAGGGCUUUGUUUACUGUUGGAAUUCUUAUAUGUUCUUUUCUUGUUAGAUUUGUGUUGUGUUUUUUUUUUCCAAGUGAGUGUGUGACCUCACUCAAAGCACAACUAAGCUCAGUGGGAGUUUAUUAUUGUUUUGUUCAAUCAGAGUAACAGUAAAGCGUGACUGACUUAAUUUCUUCUUUACACAUUUUCUUAUUCGAAAGGGUAGUUUGUGAUGCAAACUGAAUAAAAAUCUUCACAUUUUAGGUUAUUUUUUUUACUUAUCAGUUAACCCUUUAAUCAGUUAAAAACCUUUAAUCAGUUAAAAUCUCAGUGUUAUUACAUACUAACGCUUAUUAUUCAGCAACUACAGGGACAUGAAUAAUGGAGAAGCACAUAAAAUUCCUAAGGGGUAAAGUAACAUUCUGGUUAUAUUAGGGUUUCUAAAUUGCAAUAGCAUAGUGCAGCUCAGUAGCAUAGCAUUUUAAACUUAACAUAGUAGCGGCUCUAAACAAACACUGAAAUUUAAAGAAUUUACUUGUUUUGGCAAAACAAAAAUUGAAUUGUGCGCUUCAAUUUUUCAUUGCACUGAAUGUUAUUUUUGCAGGCAUGCUGUGAUGCUUCUCCAAACUCGCAGCAUCGCUAGAAAAAACGCAUUUGUCGGUGAAGUAAGAGAUGCAAGAAAAGAUGAAGAAAGUACACCGCCAACAUAGAAUAUCUUAAGAAAUCAUCUCAAGUGUGUUGCAUUGCACACAUUGGUCAAACGCAUAAACAAUCGCCUAGAUGCGAAUGGAACGCCCUUCCGGGAUUCUCAGAAUAGAAGUGUUUUCUGUCACAGCUCAGCUUAAGGCCGAAGGUACAGCCUAUACACCUUCUUGGUGUUUUCUUUCACCGCUUGUCUAAAUAUGACAGAUACAGCCUAUACCCUCUUGAUGUUUUUUCUUUAUUGUUGUUCUUUAACAGUUGUUGGUUUUAAUGAGCAGCUAAAUCUCCCCUCUUUUGUAUCUGGUGAGGAGGCCUUCAGCACCAUUUGGCACCCCUUGCAUGCCAACCCAUGUCUGAGAUGCUUGCUUGUGAAACUGAAAAAAGGUAGUGUCUAUCUGAGUCAGAAAGGAUUAUGUCCAUGCGAGAGUGUGAUGUAUGUGUUAAUGUGCUUUAGUUAAAACAGAACAACUCUUAGAUCCUAAGUGCCCUGUAGACUCAAUCUCUUCUAUCAAAGUACAUUCAUACCAAAGUUUAAAAAAAUAAAGGUUUCUAAAUGG